UUUUACUACAGAAGCUUAAUCGUCACAAGCGAAGUAGAGUCUGUGCGGAAAUAGAAUGGGCGUGGCGAAAAACGGAACUAACAGUAAGAUUUUUAUUUGGCAAUCAAACCCAGCAAUCUGUAAAACGUCAAAGUUUUGUAUUGAUACGGAUUUGUUUGUUGUUGUGAUUUCUUGCGGUUUUUUGUAUUUAAUCAUGUCUAGAAGGGUAAAAACUUACAAAUCGGUAGAAAAGUACUACAGCGCCCUCCAAUCUAAAUCCCAUUCUCUUUCUGCACAGACUAGUAUAGAUUUUGCGUCAAAUGAAAAAUAUAGACGGUUAUAAAAAAAAAAUCUGCUCCGUGCUGUCAAAUUGUGUACUAUGUGCAUAAUAUAAUUAUUAAAUUGUAGUAUGACUCAUGAUAAAGUGGUACAGUCAGUUUAGUGCAAAGUUUCGUAGACAAAGAAAGAAGAGUGGACUUUUUGUUAUGAAAAAUUCAGCACUAAUUCUGCUGUGUGCGUUUGCACUAGCAACUACAACAAGUACAGACGUUAAUUCAAAUGGCUGUCCGCAAGACUGGAACAUUGAAAAAUUAUUGCCUCAUCCGAAGUGCAACAAGUUCUAUCAAUGUUGGGAUGGAAAACUUAUACCACUUACUUGUCCAUCUAAGCUUUACUUUAGCGUACAACAAAAUAGAUGUGAAUGGGCAGAAAAAGUAGAUUGUGUUGAUAAAGACAUUCCUGAUGACAACAGCGGUGGCGAUGAUGAUAAUGUCGGAGGGGGAAAUUGUGAUCCUAGUCUAGCACCUCAAAUAUGUGCGGUAGAAGGCUCUGACGACGUAUUAGUUGCCAAUGAAAACUGUAAUAAGUUCUAUAUUUGCGCCAACGGAAAACCCUUUGCACAGAAAUGCCCUGAUAAUUUACUCUUUAACCCAAGUACAGAUCGAUGCGAUUGGCCAAAAAAUGUUGAUUGCGGUGAUCGAGUAAUCCCUGAUGAUGAAAGCCGUGAAGAUAACGAAAGCAGCAAUGAAGAUGAUAGUGACAAUGUUUGUGACAACGGAGAAGCUGCAGGUGGAGACAACGACGAUCCCAGCUCAGCCCCUGAGAUCUGUUCUGCUGAAGGGUCAAACGACGUGCUCGUGGCUCAUGAAAAUUGCAACCAAUUCUACAUCUGUGCUAAUGGUAAACCGGUGCCCAGAUCCUGUCCUAGUAAUUUAUUAUUCAACCCACGCACAGACCGUUGCGAUUGGUCAAAGUGCGUCGAUUGCGGUAGUCGAGUAAUUCCUGAUGAUAACUGUAAUGGUGAUGGUAACAACAGCAACGGGGAUGAUAACAGCAAUGAAAAUGAAGGCGACGAGAGUGGUGAAAAUAGCGGCGACGAUGAUGUCUGUUAUAAUGGAGAAGUUGUAGGAGGCGGCAAUGAUAAUCCUAGCUUAGCCGCUAAGAUCUGUUCUGCUGGAGAUUCAAACGAUGUACUUGUAGCUCAUGAAAACUGUAACCAAUUCUACAUCUGUGCUAAUGGUAAACCGGUGCCCCAAUCCUGUCCUGGUAAUUUAGUAUUCAAUCCCAGUACAGACCAUUGCGAUUGGUCAAAGUGCGUCGAUUGCGGUGAUCGUGCGGUUCCAGGUGAUGAAAAUGAAGGAACGGAUAAUAACAACGAAUGUGACAAGUCAAGUAGUGGAGCUGGCAAUGAUGAUUCCAGCUUAGCCGCGAAAAUCUGUUCUGCUGAAGAUUCAAACGAUGUGCUUGUAGCUCAUGAAAACUGUAACCAAUUCUACAUUUGUGCCAAUGGAAAACCGGUACCUCAAUCCUGCCCUGGCAAUUUAUUAUUCAACCCAAGUACAGAUCGUUGCGAUUGGCCAAAGUGUGUCGAUUGCGGUAGUCGAGUAAUUCCUGAUGAUGACUGCAAUGAUGAUGAUAACAACAGCAACGGAGAUGAUAACAGCAAUGAAAAUGGAGACGAUGAGAAUGGUGAAAAUGGGGACGACAAUGAUAGCAAUUCCUGUGAUAACGGAGAAGUUGCUGGAAGUGGUAACGACGAUCCCAGCUUAGCCGCUAAUAUCUGUUCUGCUGAAGAUUCAAACGAUGUACUUGUAGCUCAUGAAAACUGUAACCAAUUCUACAUCUGUGCUAAUGGUAAACCGGUGCCCCAAUCCUGUCCUGGUAAUUUAGUAUUCAAUCCCAGUACAGACCGUUGCGAUUGGUCAAAGUGCGUCGAUUGCGGUGAUCGCGCGGUUCCAGGUGAUGAAAAUGAAGGAACGGAUAAUAACAAUGAAUGUGACAAGUCAAGUAGUGGAGCUGGUAAUGAUGAUUCCAGCUUAGCCGCGAAAAUCUGUUCUGCUGAAGAUUCAAACGAUGUGCUUGUAGCUCAUGAAAACUGUAACCAAUUCUACAUCUGUGCUAAUGGGAAACCGGUGCCCCAAUCUUGUCCUAGUAACUUAUUAUUCAACCCACGUACUGAUCGUUGUGAUUGGUCAAAAUGUGUAGAUUGCGGUGAUCGUGCGAUUCCGGCUGAUGAAAAUGAAGAAACAGAUAAUAACAACGAAUGUGCUAUGCCAGUUAAUAGAGCUGCCAAUAAUGAUCCUCGGCAAGCAUCUACAAUAUGUUUAACUGAAAAUUCAGAAGGUGUUUUAGUAGCUCAUGAGAAUUGUAACCAGUUCUAUAUUUGCAAUCACAGUAAACCUGUGGUAGUUGAUUGUCCACCAUCUCUGCUCUUCAACCCAUAUAGCGAUAAAUGUGACUGGUCUCAUUGUGUUGAAUGUGGACAACGACUGAAACCCAAUAAUCCUAGUUAUGGUACUUUUAAUAAGCACCUCCAAGCACGUCAAGCAUUCAGAAGGUUCUUUCAAUAGAUAAUAAUUUAAUUGUGUUUACGCGAAAAAAAAUUGUUGCGAAGUAAUAAACAAUGAAUUCAUAGUUGGUUGAUCUUUGAACUUAAAAUUGUUAUAUUAACAUACCUAACUGUUAAAUUUGUAGUUUUCGUAAGACUUCUAAUCUAGUCUAAUAAUCUAAAAGUUUAUAUGUACCUACCUAUUCAAAUACUGUAAAUGAGAAUGUAAAAUUACAUACUAUUACUU